AUGGGAAAAUUUAUAUGGUUGUGUCAAAUCCGUAGUCUUCUCUUAGUGCUGUUCUUUCUUUCUGUUGUCGGUUGUUGUCUGGGCUUGUCUAUCUCUUCUCUUAAGCCAACUCCUUUAUGUCUACCAGAAGACGCCUCAGCCUUCCUCCAAUUCAAGAACACCAUGUCCAUUGAUUAUUCUAGUUAUGAUUCCUCUUGCUAUCCCAAAACAAGUUACUGGAAUGAAAGCACCAAUUGCUGUUCAUGGAAAGGAGUCAAUUGUGAUAAGGCAAGUGGUCAAGUGUUUGGACUCGACCUUAGUUGCUCUUUGCUUGUUGGCUCUCUUUCUCCAAACACUAGCCCUUUCCGCCUUCAAGGACUCAAACGGCUCAACCUUGCUUCCAAUGAUUUCAAUGCUUCUCCGAUUCAGUCCGGGUUUAUUCCAUCGGAUAUUUCUUUGCCAGCAAAACUGAUUUCACUUGAUCUUUCUCAAAAUAACCAUUUGAAAUUUGAUAGCCAUAGUUUGGCCAUGCUUACACGCAACUUAUCUAAAUUACAAAACCUUUUUCUUAACAGUGUAAAUAUGUUUGAUGUUGUGCCUACUUCCUUCAACAACUUGCCUUCGUCUUUAAAGCGUUUGCGUCUCGAGUUUUGUGAUUUAAAGGGGGAAUUCCCUAGUGAAAUAUUCCAGCUAGCGUACCUUGAGCAUGUUGAUCUAAGUUGGAACUCUUUAACAGGUUAUCUCCCUAAGUCCAAUUGGAGCAGUACCCUCAAGUACUUUAAACUUUACAAUAAUCACUUUGGAGGGUCCAUUCCUGCGUCCAUUGGAAACCUCACAAAAAUCACCUUUCUAGAUUUAUCCCUCAAUGAAUUCGAAGGUCAGCUUCCCUCAAUUCUGUUCAUCCUUAAACAGCUUCCCUCAGCUUCCCUCCCAACUCAUGUAACAGGGCUUCAGAAUUUGAAUGAGUUCUUUCUAAAUGAUAACUCGUUAACCGGAGGAAUUACAUCUUGGCCUUUUACUUUGCCAUCUCUAAAAUAUUUAGACCUUAGUAAUAACAGUCUAACCGGUCCAAUUGACAAGAUUCAAAAGCCUAAUUCAGUUCAAGAGGUUUAUUUGGCAUAUAAUCACAUGCAUGGGGAAAUACAAAGUUCGUUCUUCAAUCUUGCAAAUCUGAUCGAACUUGAUCUUUCAUCAAAUAACUUUAGUGGUCUCAUAAAGUCAGAUAUGCUUUUAAAGUUGAAGAACCUUGAAACACUCGUUCUUUCGUCAAAUAAUUUUAAUGGUGCCAUCAAGUUAGAUGUGCUUUCAAAGCUGAAGAAUCUUUCAAUGCUUGAGCUUUCACAUAACAAGUUGCUAUCAUUGAGUAGUGACGAUGGUGUUAACUCCACUUUUCAAAAGCUCGAGACUUUAUACUUCUCUUCUUGCAAUGUACAACAAUUUCCGAAUAUCUUGAGAUCAGCCAAAAGCUUGCGUUAUCUUGAUCUUUCUAAUAAUGCAAUUAAGGGUUCAAUUUUCAAAUGGGAAUCAGAAGGGGAGAAUUUUCAUAUCCUGGAUCUUCGUUCUAACCUACUCCAGGGUCCCCUUCUAGCUCCACUACCACCUUCAUUGGAAGAAUUCUGGAUUUCAAAUAACAAUUUUACAGGAGAAAUCCCUCCUCCUAUUUGUAAUUUGACUUUCCCUCAGAUUCUUGAUUUAUCUAGAAAUUACUUGGGUGGAAUAAUUCUGAAAUGUCUUGGAAGUUCGAGUUAUGGUUCCAGAAUCAUCAACCUACAAAAGAAUAUCUUUAAAGGAAAAAUCCCUGAUUUUUGUGCUGAUUACAAUGGUUUGAUAAAUCUUGCCCUUAAUGACAACCAGCUGGAAGGGCCAUUGCCACGAUCCUUGAUCAAUUGUACCUUUUUAAAGUUUUUAAAUUUGGCAAAUAACAAGUUAAAUGAUACUUUUCCCCGUUGGUUGGGUGCACUUCCAGCUCUGCAAGUUUUAAUCCUACGAUUCAACAGGUUUCAUGGUCUCUUGAACAUUUCCGGAGAUAUUAGACCAUCCUUUUCAUCAUUGCAAAUUGUUGAUCUCUCUGGGAAUGAAUUUAAUGGAGUCUUACCUACAACUUUCUUCCAAAAUCUAAAUUCUCUGAAGCAUGCAAGAAACCUAAGUGAACUAGUACAAGAAUCCGAUAAGGAAGGACUGACUCCGCUUUACGCAUUACAUUUCUAUGAUCAAGUUUCGGUCAAUGUAACAUGGAAAAAGUCAGAAAUGGAGUUGGAGUAUAUAAGAACGUUACCCAUUUUCACUGCCAUUGAUUUUUCAAAUAAUAGAUUCUCUGGAAAAAUCCCGGAGGCAAUUGGAGAGCUUCGUACACUUGAGGUGCUCAACCUGUCUCACAACAGCUUCACCGGUAAUAUUCCACCAUCGUUGGGGAACUUAGUAGAACUUGAAUCAUUAGAUCUUUCAUCAAAUAACCUCAGUGGCGAGAUUCCUUUUCAAAUGACAAAAUUGACGUUUCUCGAAGUGUUAACUUUUUCACACAACAAUCUUGUGGGACCCAUCCCCCAUGGAAACCAAUUCAACACUUUUGAGAAUGAUUCCUAUUACGGUAACUUGGGAUUAUGUGGCUUCCCCUUGACAAAGCAAUGCGGCAAUGGUGAGGGAUCGAAACCACCUGCACCGAAGCGUAAGGAAGCUAAAGGUUCUCCAGUAGCCUUUAUAUGGAAACUUGUGAUGAUGGGAUACGGAUGUGGAGUAGUGCUAGGAUUGAGCACUGGCUACCUUGUGUUCACCACUGGAAGGCCAUGGUGGUUUGUAAGAAUGGUUGAGAGAUAUUGGAAACCGAAUUUUACAGACAAGCCUUAUUCUUUCUUUUUGUCAUAUGUAGUGGUUCGAGAUCAGGAAGAUGCAGCCUUGCUACUGUAUGUUUUGGCCAGAAAUAGCAUGUUUUUGGAGUUCAUUUUCGUGUCCAGUGAUUUGAAGAAAGGAUUCAAGGUGGACUUGGAGGAUAACUUGCAUUCCUUCUUGUUCAAUUUGAUCAUACGAGUGUUUGCAUUUGUAAAUUAG